GAAUGGAAAGUCGCGUCUCCCCUACAAGUUGCAGCGCUCGGGAGGUAGCUAAUUGCAAACCGAAACGGCAGAUGCACUGGGAGUGGAUGCCAGAGUCUUUAGACUAACGUCAAAUGAUCUGUCGUAUUGAACAUACCAACAAAGACGAAUUGUGGUGGAAGAUUCUGGAAAUAAAUAUUUCUCUCAUCGGCGAUGAGAAUGACCAUGCAUGCAAAAAAUCACGUGUUGUAACCUCGAGCUCCAUGCCAGCAAUUAUGACAAUCCUAGCGGACCGCGCAGCCCAGCAGCUGCUGGAUUUCAACCAGAAACUGGAUAUCAACCUGCUGGACAAUGUGGUGAACUGUAUGUACAACGACAUUGGAUCACAGCAGAGAAUGGCACAGGAGGUGCUGACGCAUCUGAAGGAGCAUCCCGACGCCUGGACGAGAGUCGACACCAUUCUGGAGUUCUCGCAGAACAUGAAUACCAAAUACUAUGCCCUGCAGAUUCUCGAAACUGUGAUAAAAACAAGAUGGAAGAUUCUGCCCAGGAAUCAGUGUGAAGGUAUAAAGAAGUACGUGGUCGGGCUCAUUAUCAAAACUUCCUCUGAUGCAUCGAUGGUGGAGAAAGAGAAAGUGUACAUUGGAAAGCUUAACAUGAUCUUGGUCCAGAUCCUGAAGCAGGAGUGGCCGAAGCACUGGCCCCACUUCAUCAGCGACAUCGUGGGGGCCAGCCGCACCAGCGAGAGCCUCUGCCAGAACAACAUGGUCAUCCUCAAGCUGCUGAGCGAGGAGGUCUUCGACUUCUCCAGCGGACAGAUGACCCAGGUCAAAGCCAAGCACCUGAAGGACAGCAUGUGUAAUGAAUUCUCCCAGAUAUUCCAGCUUUGCCAGUUUGUCAUGGAAAACUCCCAGAAUGCCCCUCUGGUCCAAGCUACACUAGAAACAUUGUUGCGAUUUUUGAACUGGAUUCCUCUGGGGUACAUAUUUGAAACCAAACUCAUCAGCACGCUUGUGUACAAGUUUUUGAACGUGCCGAUGUUCCGGAACGUGACGCUGAAGUGCCUGACGGAGAUCGCGGGGGUGAGCGUGAGCCAGUACGAGGAGCAGUUCGUCACCCUCUUCACCCUCACCAUGAUGCAGCUCAAACAGAUGCUUCCACUGAACACCAACAUCCGGCUGGCCUACUCCAACGGGAAGGACGACGAGCAGAACUUCAUCCAGAACCUGAGCCUGUUCCUCUGCACCUUCCUCAAGGAGCACGGCCAGCUGAUCGAGAAGCGGCUCAACCUGCGCGAGACGCUCAUGGAGGCCCUGCACUACAUGCUGCUGGUGUCGGAGGUGGAGGAGACGGAGAUCUUUAAGAUCUGCCUGGAGUACUGGAACCACCUUGCGGCCGAGCUGUACAGGGAGAGCCCCUUCUCCACCUCCACGUCCCCGCUGCUCUCAGGCAGCCAGCACUUCGAUGUCCCGCCCCGGAGGCAGCUCUACCUGCCCGUGCUGUCCAAGGUCCGGCUGCUGAUGGUGAGCCGCAUGGCCAAGCCCGAGGAGGUCCUGGUGGUGGAGAACGACCAGGGCGAGGUGGUGAGGGAGUUCAUGAAGGACACGGAUUCCAUCAAUCUGUACAAGAACAUGAGAGAGACCCUCGUGUACCUGACGCAUUUGGACUACGCGGACACGGAGCGCAUCAUGACCGAGAAGCUGCACAACCAGGUGAACGGGACCGAGUGGUCGUGGAAGAACCUGAACACGCUGUGCUGGGCCAUCGGCUCCAUCAGCGGAGCCAUGCACGAGGAGGACGAGAAGCGCUUCCUGGUCACCGUCAUCAAGGACCUGCUGGGGCUGUGCGAGCAGAAGAGGGGGAAGGACAACAAGGCCAUCAUCGCCUCCAACAUCAUGUACAUCGUGGGCCAGUACCCCCGCUUCCUCCGCGCCCACUGGAAGUUCCUCAAGACCGUGGUCAACAAGCUGUUUGAGUUCAUGCACGAGACCCACGACGGCGUCCAGGACAUGGCCUGCGAUACGUUCAUCAAGAUCGCGCAGAAGUGCCGGCGGCAUUUCGUCCAGGUGCAGGUGGGCGAGGUCAUGCCCUUCAUCGACGAGAUCCUCAACAACAUCAACACCAUCAUCUGCGACCUCCAGCCCCAGCAGGUCCACACUUUCUACGAGGCGGUGGGCUACAUGAUCGGAGCGCAGACGGACCAGGCCGUCCAGGAGCACCUGAUCGAGAAGUACAUGCUGCUGCCCAAUCAGGUGUGGGACAGCAUCAUACAGCAGGCAACCAAGAACGUGGACAUCCUGAAGGACCCGGAGACGGUGAAGCAGCUCGGCAGCAUCCUGAAGACCAACGUGCGGGCGUGCAAGGCGGUGGGCCACCCCUUCGUCAUCCAGCUGGGCCGCAUCUACCUGGACAUGCUCAACGUGUACAAGUGCCUGAGCGAGAACAUCUCCGCCGCCAUCCAGACCAACGGAGACAUGGUAACCAAGCAGCCUUUGAUAAGGAGCAUGCGGACCGUCAAGCGGGAAACCCUGAAGCUGAUCUCGGGCUGGGUCAGCCGCUCAAACGAUCCACAGAUGGUGGGAGAGAACUUCGUGCCGCCGCUGCUGGACGCCGUGCUCAUCGACUACCAGAGGAACGUCCCCGCCGCCAGGGAGCCCGAGGUCCUCAGCACCAUGGCAACCAUCGUCAACAAGCUCGGCGGCCACAUCACUUCGGAAAUCCCGCAGAUAUUCGACGCGGUCUUCGAGUGCACCCUGAACAUGAUCAACAAAGACUUCGAGGAGUACCCGGAGCAUCGAACCAACUUCUUCUACCUGCUGCAAGCGGUCAAUUCCCACUGCUUCCCGGCAUUCCUGGCCAUUCCCCCGGCGCAGUUCAAGCUGGUGCUGGACUCCAUCAUCUGGGCCUUCAAACACACCAUGAGGAACGUGGCCGACACAGGUCUGCAGAUCCUCUACACCCUGCUGCAGAACGUGGCCCAGGAGGAGGCCGCCGCCCAGAGCUUCUACCAGACCUACUUCUGCGACAUCCUGCAGCACAUCUUCUCCGUCGUCACGGAUACGUCUCACACGGCCGGUUUAACGAUGCACGCCUCCAUCCUGGCCUACAUGUUCAACCUGGUGGAGGAGGGUAAAAUCAGCGUCGCACUGAACCCCUCAAACCCGGUCAACAACCAGGGCUUCAUCCAGGAGUACGUGGCCAACCUGCUCAAAACCGCCUUCCCGCACCUACAGGAUGCCCAGGUCAAAGUGUUUGUGACAGGACUGUUCAGUUUAAAUCAAGAUAUUCCAGCCUUCAAGGAACACCUGCGGGACUUCCUGGUGCAGAUCAAGGAGUUUGCCGGCGAGGACUCCACAGACCUCUUCCUGGAGGAGCGGGAGGCCUCCCUGCGUCUGGCGCAAGAGGAGAAGCACAAGCUCCAGAUGUCCGUUCCCGGCAUCCUCAACCCGCACGAGAUUCCGGAGGAGAUGUGCGACUAACAAACAACACAGACUCAAUUGUAUAUUUGUGUAAAAAAAAUAGAAAGGAAAAGAAGAAAAAAGAAGAAAGAAAAAAAAAACAGUACAAGCCAAGAGUCAUGGAAGCUCUUCCCGAGGGCGUUGUGCAAGCCGGCCCCCACCCUCCCCCCCCAUCCGGAAGAGUCCAGCACUGGUGUUUCUUGACCAAAACCAAUGCCAAUAUGUAAAUUAUACUGUGUCGCCCCCCAAUGGUCCUUUUUACACAGUAUGCGUUUUGUAUGGAGACUUGUGUAAUAUCUUUCCAUUGUUAAGUCAUGCUUAUGUUUGGUCCUGUUUCUUUAUUUAGAGCUGCAUGAAGUCAGAAUUAAAACCUUAACUUUUCUGGCCCCCCUUUUCCUCCUCCCCACCCUUUUAUUCCUUCCUCCCCGCCCCCCAUUUAUUCGUUCGUAUCAGUUGUAUAAAUGUGCGGGAGAACACAAGUUUUGUGCAAGAAAACAACGAAAAGGAAAAAAAAAAAACUAAUGUCUGUGUGUCAAGUCCAUCUGCAGAGAGAGUUCUAGAACUUGCGACGUUGGGUCUUCUGUGAUUAUUUUUUUGGUUCUAGAAUUUGAGGGACGCUAGGGGGGUGUGUCCCCCGGAUCGGGUCCUCUGGGCACAGCCGGAGAAUGUGAGGCGCUUUGGGCUUUGCCAAACGAAGGUGCGAACGACGCUGCUUUUUUUUGUCGGCGGCGUCCGGGGCUGAGGCCUAGCUCGCGGCGGUUCUCGAUUUGAAAUAAAUAACAUGCAGUUUGUUACUGGACAGGAGUUUUUUGAAGCGAGGAUAGAUUAUGUGCAUAUCAUCCCCCCCAUUGUAAAGCGUCUUUUAAUACCACGGGAACAUAAAGGUUGGUUAUUUUUACAAAGGUGUGUGUGUGUGCGCGUGUGUGCUGUCGCUCGGCCGACAACUGGUUUUUGUUUUCCUCAAUGAGGACUGUUGCUCAUUUGUGAGCUUUCAUUAAAUCCAAGGUUAAAAAUAUUUAUGGGUUAGUAUGUAGGCUGCCUCUUUGACGACCGGUGUUAAUUCAAAUGGCUUUUGAGAUGGCGAUGUGCUAAUUUACAUGGUUUUCCAUGCAGUAGUGCUUCAAGAACACUAUUUGAAGAGCAGAAUAAAAAAAAAAAACUUGGUUUACAUUUAAAUUUUUUUUUUUUUAAUUUGUAUUUUGAAAUUCUAUCCAAAUAACCAAGGGGCUUUCAUUGAGAGAGUGCAUCUGAUUAGAAUGUAUAGAUCCAAAUACUGAUCUCGAAAUGACAAAAUACUCCCUUCUCUAAGUGUUACAUUUGUUGUGAACCUUUUUGAAACUGAUUAAAGUUGAGAGGAUUUUACAA